AUGGGUGAGGCUGCCUUACCAACGUCUUCUGUGGCUCCCUCCUACCCCCCACCUCAGCAAAUCUCCCCACACCUGAUCCUUCAACCUCCCCUCUCCCGCCGUGGAAAGGGUCCUGGUCUGAUCUUAGUCCUCGACCACUAUGCGCUGAUUGAGGCAAGCGAGCAACACCUUGACCCCCCGCCACUGCAGAAAUGGGCCGAGGAAGGAUUUGCGGUUGCACAGGUGCUGGUGCCGGGCAAGGUCGAGGAUGGUGGAGAAUUUCCACUGGACAGAGCGUUGGAGGCCCUAAAGAGUUGUGAAGGAUGCAUCUUUGGAAAGGGCGUGGGUGUUGUCUCAUACCUAUCCCGCAUCCCGUUCUACGUCGAAGAAGCGGCAAUCCAGCACCCCGAGGUCCUCGCCGUCGUCUCCUACGGCGGCCGUCAACUGUCCACGCUCCACGAGGCCGACACCGCCCUUCCCCCUCAGCUUGUCCACGCCUCUGGUCCCGAAGUCAAGCGCCGCGAGUCCGUCCCCUUGAACCCAGAUCCGGAGCCCUCUUCCUCCCCCCCAAGCAAGACGCGUCCAGCCGGGCUUGUAAAGACCUUCCGCUACGAAGACGCAGCAAAGGACGCAAACUGGGUCCUGCCCUCCGACCCGGCGUACUCAAAGCGCAAUGCAGGAGUUGCGCACACGAGGAGCGUGGCGUUCCUCAAGCCGUUCCUCAACGGGCCCUACUUUGACCUCGAGGCUGUGUGGGACGAGCACUGUCUGUAUGAAUUUGGGGAGCGGGCGGUGGAGAAGACGAUGGCGACCAUGGUUGCGCAGCCCUACGUGAACCACAUCCCCACGAUGACGCAAGUGGCCUUUCUACCCGUUAAGCGCCACCACGACGCUGUGCUGACGGACACGCAGAGGAGGCAUCGGCAAAGAGAGACUGACGGCCUUCUACACGCAUCACUUCAUCUUCAGCAACCCGGAUGAUGCGGCGCUGUCGCUCGUGAGCAGGACCGUGGGCACGGAUCGUGUCAUCGACGAGUUUGUCUUCUCCCUCACCCACGACAAGGAAGUGCCUUGGCUGCUCCCCGGCAUUCCGCCCACCGGCAGGAAACUCGAGAUCCCAUUCACGAGCGUAGUGGCGAUGAGAGGCGAUCGGCUGUGUCACGAGCACAUCAGCUGGGACCAGGGAACGGCGCUGACGCAACUAGGGCUGCUGCCAGAGUACGUGCCGUUCAGACACGCCAUUGAUGGGAAGGAGGCUGGGGAGGGCAAGAGGUAUGAGGUCAAGUUGCCCGUGGCGGGUGCAGAGACGGGGAGGAAGCUGGUGGAUGAGGGUAGCGAGGAGAGUAAUCUGCUGAUGGGCAAGAGCUGGAGAGUGGUCGACGACGUAUGA